AGUCCAAUACUACCAAAAUCAGAGUCCAUCGUUUUCUCUCCCAAGAAACUAUCCGUCCGAUAAACCUCCACCUUGCCCACCGCCAGCUAAAGGCCCCUUCCAACGGCCCUGAUUUCGCUCCUGCAGAAAGCACAGAGCACGCGUGAGUUUUCUCAGCAAUAAAUACACAGAAUCCUCGAGCGAGAUGCUGCGCAAAGUUCACUUUCACGUACCUUAUUCGUGUUCUUCACUUGCUUAGAACCAUUUGAAACGUUUGCUUCUCUCCUUCCCCUCCUCGAAGGGCUAUAAUUACUGGGACUCGAUCGUUGCUUCGCGUUUUUGUUUCUUUGCUCUCUCGGUUCUCAAUCUCUGGGACCAAAUCAGUCGAAAAUUCCUCCGGAGAACUCUCGUAGCUAUGCCUACAAACGAUGGCUUCUCAGGUGUAUCCAAUUGCUAUGUUUUCAAGAGCCGAUUACAAGAGUAUGCGCAAAAAAAGGGACUGCCAACGCCUGUGUAUGAGACAAUCAAGGAAGGCCCUUCACAUGAGCCUUCCUUCAGGUCAACAGUGAUUGUAAAAAAUGUUAGAUAUGAUUCUUUGCCUGGUUUUUUCAAUCGGAAGGCUGCGGAGCAGUCAGCUGCAGAGGUUGCUCUAGUGGAGUUGGCUAAAUCUGAUGAAGUUAAUGAAUGCAUUUCUCAACCUGUUCAUGAAACAGGACUUUGCAAAAACUUGCUUCAGGAGUAUGCACAGAAGAUGAAUUAUGCAAUUCCAGUGUACCAGUGUCAAAAGAACGAGACCCCUGGUCGAACUACACAUUUUAAAUGUAAUGUUGAGAUUGGUGGGAUUCAGUAUAUUGGAGCAUCAGCAAAGACAAAAAAGGAAGCAGAGAUUAAAGCUGCUAGGACUGCUUUGUUAGCUAUACAGUCAAGUGCUUCUGACCCAUCUCAUAAAUCAGCUGCCAACCAUCAGUUAACAGUAAUUCCGUUCAGAAAGAGGGGAGCGGAAACAAUUGGUGUGAUAGAGGAGGCUGCAAAUGUUCCCAAGGCAAAGAAGGGUCGAUUCAAAAAGAAAAUGUUGAAACACAAAUUCUCUGGCGACAAAGUAGAUCAUAAUCAAGGUGAAAGUGUAGGUAAUGUGGAUGUUAUUAUGGAUGGCCCAUCAGGAUCAGGGUCAGGGUCAGGGUCAGGGUCAGGGUCAGGGUCAGAGUCGGAUAAGGCUGAUGCAGCUGGAGUCCAAGGGACAGGUCAUUGUAUGUUAGCAAUAAUUGAUACAAGGAAUUUGGAAAAUGGGAGAUCUUCCAACUCAACCAGCGAGAGAGCAACAAGUGAUGCAACAGGUGCUUUGACUUGCCAUAUUUCUGGUGAUUUUGGAAAUGGAUUGUCACCAACUGUGGAUUUUAAUGAGAGUAACCAUGGGAUGCCCACUGGAAUAUCUUCUGAAUCUAAUGGUGAUGCAGCUAAGGUGUCUGGACUUAGCCUUGCUUAGACAGGGCCUUCAGCUGUCAUGACCAGGUUAAAUCCAUUGGGACAGGGAAUCAGAUGAGGCGCAGUCAAAAGAUGGGAUUUGAUAGAGUAGAUGGGGUUUAAUGGGGAAUUAUUGGACUAGAAAGGUAGAAACAAUUGAGAUUAUAUUUAUAUAUUGACAUUCUGCGAAUUUGACGUCCGUUGUUUGAUUAGGGCGUCUUAGAAUUUUUGUUUAGGGGUUAGUAUCUAUUACAGCAUGGGGUGCUGUUUACAUUGUUCUAGUGGUAUUGGUUUGCAUUUUUGUUGAUCUCCCCUGUAUGGGAACGAACUAUUUAUUUUACUAUGAGACAUUGGACUGAUGAGAUGGGCUAUCUUUGCAAUCAUUCAUGCAAUUUAUGUAACUUGCUUGAUAUUAUUAAUAGUUUCUCCUCUC